AUUUAUUUUAAAUGUGUAACGUCGUCUAGUCUUGAGUGAUUUUUCGUCAUUCAAUCAAGAAAUAACAAAAGAAGACGAAGAAAAACUCGAAGCCAAAAAGGAACAGAACUGAACACAUACAUUUAUCUAUACAAAUGUAUAUAGAUGUAGUUAAUUCCAUAUUGAAUGUAUAAUAUCAUUACUUUAUCAUCUUCAAUUCAUUCCAAGAAAUAUUGUAUUCACUUCAUGAUUUACCACUGUGCUUUCAGUGAAUAAACAAUUACACAUAUAUCAUAUCCAUCUAUCUAUCUAUCUAUACAUACAUAAUAUAUUGAGCAUAGUAACAAAAAUAAGAAAAUAAUUAUGUGGAUGAAAGAUUGUGAUCAAUGUUCUACAGCAAAACUUGGAGGUUUACAAAUAUGGAUGCAACAUUUAACUGAUGAACAUGCAAUACCAACUGAAUGGCCUAGUGAUAGAGCAUCACGUUUAACUGGUUCUAAUGCAUUACGUCCAUAUACAACAAUAGCUGAAUCUAAAAAGAAACGUAGAAAAGAUAGUAUACCAAGACCAUUGAAUAGUUUUAUGCUAUUUGCGCAACAUAUACGUCGUAAUGUUCUACGUGUUUUCAGUGAUGCAUCAAAUUCUGUUAUAAGUCAACAAUUAGGAGAUUUAUGGCGUACUGUUCCAAGAAGUUGCCGUAAUCAGUACGAUGAUGAAGCGAAUAGAUUAGUGAAAAUUCAUCAAAUUGAAUUUCCCAAUUAUAAAUAUCAACCUAAAAAACGACAAAUCACAUCAUCGUCAUCAUCAUCCUCAUCAUCGUCAACAACAACAACAACAACCACCACAACCACUGCGAAUACAUCAAGGAGUAAUAAUGAUCAAAUGCGUAUGCUUAAUCCAAAUCAAUUCCAUAACACCACACACACUCUUACUCAAUCAUCUAUAUCAAUGAAUAAUAUACGAGAGGAUCAAUUGAUAACAUCAAGCAAAUUAUUAUCAACCAAUUUACUUAAAACUGGUACGGACUACAAUGUUGUUUCUUCUUCGUCUUCAUCGGCGGCGUCGUCUUCUUCUUCUUCUUCCUCUUCUUCAACUGUCACAAAUAAACUACCAACUUUAUCUAAUCGUAAUUAUUCCAUACCCGGUAUAUCAUCUAUGAAUAGUUCUGUUGUUAAGGGUCAAACUACCAAUGGUAAUCAUGAAUUCAUGAAUAAUUUUAUGACAAGUCCAUCCAAAUUAGUAUGUAAUACAAUUUAUGCUAAAUUAGAACCGAAACCAUUGAGUGUGAAUAUUAUCAAUACUACUAAUAAUAGUAGUAUACCUAUGAAUAACAAUAAUAAUACUAUUAACAGUAAUCAAACCUUAUCAUUCAAACCAACUAUACAUAGUUUAUCAUCAGUGUUACCACCUCUUAUAACUUUGUCAUCAAAUCAUCAUCAUCAUGCACAUCAUCAUCAUCAAACAAAUGGAUUAAUGAAUGAACAAUUUUCAAUUGGUAUAUGUGAUUCAGCCUAUGCAUCUGGAAUUAAUAGUUCAUCAUCAUCAUCAGCAGCAUCAUCUCCAGCUGUAGGUGAAUUAAUUUCACCAGCAAAAUCAUAUUCAUCAACUUUUUCAUCACUUUCAUCAUCAUCAUCAUCAUCAACAUCAUCAUCAUCAUUAUCCAAUAUGAAUAUAAAACAAACGAAACAAUCACCAAUACGACGUAAAAUUCAUUUUAUACCAAUUAGACCACAAUCACAACAAUUACCACCUGUUGGGAAUCAACCAACACGUCAACGUUUUCUUUCUGCAAAUAAUGGUAUUACUACUACUAAUAAUACUACUAAUAAUAGUAAUAUAUCAACUAUUGGAAAUGGUUAUAUUCAAAUGAAUGGUUUUCAAUUUAAAUCCAACUCUGAAAAUGUUAUUAUACUACCAAGAAAACUAAAUGAUUUACAUGUUGAACAAAAAGAUGAUCAAUUAACGGAUGAAUUCAUGAAUGAUACUCUUAUACUUCAAGAGAACAAUAAUGAUAAUAAUAAUAGAAUGGUAACAACUGAUAUUCUAACACCAGUUUAUAUUCAAUUAGAUCAUGAAGGACAAAAUCCACUGACAGAAGGUUUAAUGUUAACUUUACCACCUGGUACAACAUUCAUUCAAACGAAUCAUGAUUCUAUAAAUCGUGGUAUUCCAUUGAAUAAUAAUCAUAAUAAUAAUACAAUAUCAAAACGAUUUUAUAUUACGAAUAGUAAUCGUAUGUUACCAGCUAUAUCGAAAUCGGUACAAAUUUUACAACCAUUAAAAGUAAUGAAUGUUAUACAUCAUCAUCAUCAUGUUCAUCCAAAUCAUUCAUUAUCAUCAUCUUCAACAACAACAACAUCAGCAACAGCAACAACAACAUCAUCAUCAUCAUUAUUAUCAUAUCCAGAACCUAUUCUAUAUAGUCCAUUAAUGAGUAGUUCAGAAUUAUUAUCUUCAUCAUCAUAUAGUUGUAAUUCAUCACCGAAUUCAAUUGUAUCACCAUUAUCUGGUGAUGUAUUUCUACCAAUGCAACAAGUUGAAAUGAUGUCAAAUUCUACACAUUUCAAUACAUAUGAUCAACAAUCAACAUGUAUGGAUAUAUAUCAAUUUGAUGGACAAAAUCAAUUAGAUAUGUGUAUAGAAGAAGAAGAAGAAGAACAAAGGGUACAGGUAGAAGAAAGUGAACAAAUCCUUGUUGAUGAAAGAAGAAUGACACAACUUCAUUCAAAGAAUUUAGAUACAAUCACCAAUAUUAUUAGUAUAGAUGAAUGUAUGGAUGCUGUAAAUAAUGAUACAUUUAUAAGUAAUACAAAUUCUUCAGGUAUUCUACAUAAUUGGUCAUCAAAUUUACCAUUUAGUGAAUCCAUGGUAAUGUCAUCUUCAACAUCCACAUCCACAUCAUCAUCAUCAGGUUCAUUAUUAUCAUCCAUUGGAUCAUCGUCAUCAUCAUCUUCAUCAUCGUUACCAUUAACAACAACAAAAACAAUGAUCACUAUGAAUAAUAAUGAUUAUGAUCAUAAUGAACAUGAUGAGGGUAUAGGUGCUUCAAAUCGACAUAUACCAUUAACUAUUGAUAUUAUGAAAUCAAUAAAUGAAAAUUUCAUCACAUUAUCAUCUACAUCUUCAUCAACGAUCACCACUUUAAAUCCUCCGCCUAAUCAUCAUCAUGAUCAUCAUCAUCAUCAUCCACAUCAUCUUCAUCAUAAUAGCAGUAUAUCUAUUGAUAAUGAUUUAAAUGAUACUGAUUUCUCUAUUACAAAUGAUAAUGAUAAUUUUGAUUCAAGUUUUGAUGCAAUGAUGAAUUCGAUUGAUAUUACAACUUUUCUACCUGGUACAUUUCAAACAAAUGAAGAACAAGAUCAAUCAAUACAUAAUGAUUAUGAUCAUGUACAAUUAAAUUCAUAUCAUCAUAAUCAACAUGAAUUCAUGAAAAUGGAUGAAUUUGAUGAAUCAUGUCAUAUCAUCAAUGAUGUCAUAGCAACAACAACAAUAAUGCCAAUAACAACAACAACAGUAGCAACAAUAGCAUCAUCAUCAGCAGCCACAGCAACAGCGGCAUCAUCAUCAUCGUUUAUGAAUAAACCGACUAAUUCACAAUUAUACAAUGUUAUUAGAUCUGAUAUUGAUUUGAUUCAUUAUAAUCAUUUAGAGAAUGAAAAUCGUACAGUACGUAUUAUUUCACCAUUACAAAAAAUUGGUAAACAAUCAUCACUUACAUACUCACAUCCAAUAUCAUCAUCAUCAUCAUCAUCAUCAUUACAAGGAACACAAUGUUCCACCUCUCUAUCAUCAUCCUCAUUAUCCACCUCAUCAUCAUCAUCAUCAUCAUCAUCGUCAACUUCAUCGGUAUUAAGAAUGAAUUCAUUACAUGAAUUAUUAAAUAAUUCACCACAAGUAUGUUCAUCUACAUUGGCAGAUUUGGAUUCAUUAGAUAAAUCUAGUUUAUUUAUUAUUAAACCAGAAUGGUCUGUAUUCGCUUAAAACAAUAUGAAUAAUAAUUAUCAUGAAAUUAUUGAAUUAUUGAUUCAUACAACUUGUAUAUUGAAUUGAUUGAUACAUAAAUCUAUCUACAAGUCUAUACAAUCUAUUCUUUCCCUCCUCCUCCUCCUCCUCCUCCUCCACCACCACCUUUUUCUUCUUCUUCUUCCUCUUCUUCUUCUCUAUUUGUUUCUCUGGGCAUAUCCUAAUUAUAUAACUCAGGUGGUUUAUCUCAGUUACAUUUUAUUUGUCCAUGUUUUUUGUUGUUGUUGUUGUUUUUUUGGUACUCGUUCAAUUUAGUAUUUUUCAAUCCAUUUCAACAUUUUACUUUUUUUUGUUUUUUUUUCUACUUUUUUUUAAAAAAAAAUUUUCCAAACAAAUCGUUUUCUUUACAUAAAAUUUUGUUGGUGUUGAAAGAACAAAACACAGGUAAUAUAUAAUUUUUGUGUUUCCCCACACUACAUCACACCACACCACACCAACCCCUACCCUUCAAUGCCCAACACCACCACCACCACCACCACCACCCCUUCAUCAAUUUAAUAUCUUCACAUAUUCUUAUUGUUGACAUAUUAUUAUUUGAUGGAAGCAUUUAAACAAAUCAAUAAAUCAAUAAACAAACAAGUCAUAAAUCUUAUUGAUUAUUGAAUAAUAAUAAUAAUAAUAAUAAUAAUAAUCAUAAUCAUGUGCAUUAAAUUAUUUUGUACAUAUGAUAAUUCAAUGAUUCAAUUUUGUUGCCAUGCUCCUUUUUUUUUAAAAAAAAAUCUUUUCAGGUUGUACAGUAUAACACACAGACACACACACACACACACAAUCAAUAUUUUCUCCUUGUGCUUUCUUUAUUCACUUUUUUGUUUUUGUUUUUUUUUCU